AUGAAUUCAUUCUUCAUUACACCUCGUGAUGAAGAAUACACCCCUUUGACCCUCACAACUCCAACUACACCUCCAUCGCGAACGAACUCAAAUAUCCAGUCCCCGGACGAUAUCCCGCCCGACCUCGAGCGACUACUUCAGACUGACCCGAGACAAGGAUUGGACUAUCAAGCUGUGCUAGAGAGACAAAAGCAAUUUGGAAGGAACGAAAUCAUAGAAAAGAAGCGUAAUAGAUUUUUGCACUUCUUGUCCUUUUUUAUGGGGACUAUUGCAUAUCUUAUAGAGAUCAGUAUCAUUUUAACUGCAGUUACGAGAGACUGGGUUAACUUUGGCAUUCUACUGGGACUACUUAUUAUCAACGCGAUCAUCGGUUUCAGUGAAGAGGCAAAAGCAGAAUCGGCUUUGGAUGCCCUCAAAAGCACGCUAGCACUUCAUACUAGAUGUAUACGGGGUGGUCAAUUAAUUGAGGUCGAUGCAAGAGAUUUGGUUCCUGGUGAUGUUAUCGUUAUGAGACUUGGUGAUAUUGUUCCAGCUGAUGCUCGUUUGCUUGGAAUUGAUGCUACCGGAGAGCCAACCAGUCUCAACCUUCAAGUCGACCAAAGUUCGUUGACUGGUGAAUCGUUACCAGCAGAUAAGGGAGCAGGAGACAGCGUAUACUCGAGUUCUAUCAUCAAACAAGGUCAACAGCUUGCAGUUGUCACCAAGACGGGAGCCAAUACCUUUAUUGGACGUGCAGCAAGCUUGAUUUCUAUCACCACCGAAUCUGGUCACUUUCAACAAAUCAUUGGCCAAAUAGGAAACUUUCUCAUCUUCUUGACCAUCAUCCUUGUGCUCAUCAUUUUCAUUGUUGACGUUGUGGAUACCAAAAUAAGAACCGGGACCGUUACUGGUCAAGAUAUCUUGAAUACUUUGGAAGAAAUAAUCGUUUUGACAGUGGCAGCUAUUCCUGUCGGGUUGCCCACCGUCAUGUCCGUGACUAUGGCUGUUGGUGCCAAGCAAUUGGCCUCGCGACAAGUUAUUGUAAAGCGAUUAACGGCAGUAGAAGAGUUCGCUUCUGUUUCCGUUCUCUGCUCUGACAAAACCGGUACUCUCACGCUCAAUGAGCUCACAUUUGAUGAGCCUUACCUUUCGCCCGGAGAGACAACUGACAGCUUGCUAUUGGACGCUUAUCUUGCAUCGGAGCCCGGAACCAACGACCCGAUUGAAAAGGCCGUCCGUGAAGCUGCAGAAAGCACCGUCCCUGCUCUGAAAGCCAACCCUGGUAGUCACCACGGGGUUCCUGGUUACAAGAUUACCAAUUUUAUUCCUUUUAAUCCUUCGUCCAAGAUGACACAAGCUACUGUAACCAAUUUGGAUUUGCAUACUUCAUAUCAAGUUUGUAAAGGUGCACCGCAAGUCAUUAUUGGCUUAGUCGAUGGAGAUAAUGCUGCUUAUGAAGAUGCUAUUGCUCGAUUUGCCACAAGAGGGCUUCGAGCUUUAGGCGUCGCACGUACUCUGCCUGGAACAUCGGAAUGGAAAAUGGUUGGCUUAAUAUCACUGUUAGAUCCACCUCGACCCGACUCUGCCGACACCAUUGCAGAAUGUUUACGACAUGGAGUUUCGGUUAAAAUGAUUACUGGCGAUCAAACUAUCAUCGCCAAAGAAGUUGCUGGACGGCUUGGUCUUGGAAGAGUCAUUCUGGAUGCCAAUCAUUUGGUGGAUAAUGCAAAAUCAGAAGAAGAGUUAGUCGAAAAUUGUAUUCGCGCUGAUGGAUUCGCAGAAGUUAUCCCUGAACACAAGUAUCGAGUAGUCGAAUUAUUGCAAUCCAGAGGACUCUUAGUAGCCAUGACUGGUGAUGGUGUCAAUGACGCACCCGCUCUCAAAAAGGCCAAUGUUGGUAUAGCUGUUCAAGGUUGUACCGAUGCCGCGCGAUCAGCGGCCGAUAUUGUUUUACUUGCCCCUGGAUUGUCGACCAUUAUCGACGGUAUCAAGACCUCCAGAGCUAUUUUCCAACGACUGAGAUCCUACGCCUUGUACAGAAUUACAUCCACUAUCCACUUCCUCAUAUUUUUUUUUAUCAUCACCAUCGCAGAGGAUUGGCAAAUGCCUGCCAUCUUGCUCAUUCUUAUCUGUGUCUUGAACGAUGCUGCAACCCUUGUCAUAGCUGUUGAUAAUGCUGUUAUAUCGCCACAACCGGACAAAUGGAGAUUGGGCCAGCUUAUCUUCUUAUCAUGUGUGCUUGCCUCCAUCCUCUCAUUGUUCUCCUUUGGCCACUUUUACAUUGCCAGAGACGUAAUGCAAGUUACCAGCCAGCAACUUUCAACCAUCAUGUAUCUACACAUAUCUUCAGCUCCACACUUUGUGAUCUUCUCUACAAGAAUAGCAGAUUACUGGUGGCGCAAUAGACCUUCCAUCGUCUUCACAGCGGUUAUUCUCGGUACACAGGUUAUUGCCCUUAUAUUUUCGAUAUUUGGCGUGUUUGGAGAAAGCGUCAAUGUUGGAGCCAUCAGCUGGGCCUGGGGCUUGGCGAUAUUGGGCAUCAGUCUUGUAACCUUUAUGCUGCUGGACUUUGUCAAGGUUUGGAUUCUCAGGUCAUGGAGCUUUGAGCUCACUGCCAAAUUAUGGCCAACUCCUGGUCGUCGUGCCCGUGUUCGCCAAAGAGAGCUUAGUCGCCGUCGCCGUGAAAAUGCCCAACAUAACUGGGGUCGCGUGGCUAAAGCUGCCAGAGUAGUGCAAAUCGCAAAGGCUUUCCAAAAUCUUUAA